AUGAUGGGAAUGUUAUUGUUUGGAGUGUUGUUGAAUUUAUUUUCAGUGGCAUUAUCAAGUGGACUGAAGCUAGAACAGGUGCUGGUUUUAAGCCGGCACAACAUUAGGACGCCUUUGACGGCGAAGCUCGAGGACACGUCACCUUUCAAAUUUCCAAUAUGGAAAAACGAAGUCGGCCAUUUGACGGACAAAGGAGCUUUGUUGGAGACGUACAUGGGUGGAUAUUUCGCCGAAUGGCUGAACAAGCGGGGGCUACUACCGCCCGGCUGUCCGACAGACGAGAACGUUUUCGUUUACGCAAACACUAGACAGCGCACCCGCGAAUCGGCGAACGCUUUCGUGAGGGGCGCGUUCAGAAACUGCAACGUCAGCGCUCACAGCAUCGACUCGGCAGAAAUGGACCCCGUUUUCAACCCCAUACUGCGCGACACCUCCGACGAGGUGAAACGCAAGAUAAUCGCUGAGAUGGAGCGAAAACUGAUGGAACUGCAACUACAGGACGCUUAUUUGCAACUGAACGAGAUCCUCGAUUUGAAAAACUCCAAAAUUUGUGAGACGGAAUCGUUCUGCGAUCUAACCGACGCUAAAGACGAAAUCGUUUACGUAGUAGGAAGCGAGCCGAAUGUCGUUGGACCACUAGCAAUUAGCAAUAGUGUCCUCGAUUCAUUUAUUAUGAGUUAUUACGAAGGCAUGCCCGACAAAGAUGUCGCUUGGGGUAAGAUACACAAUAACGAGCAGUGGACUUUGCUCUCUAAAAUCAUAAGGGAAAAUCAAAACGUUCGUUUCAACAGCUCCGUCCUAGCUAGGGAUGUAGCUAAGCCUUUAUUGAAAUAUAUAAGGGGUGUUUUCAAUGGCCCUCUGCGACCAUUGACCGUACUAUUCGGCCACGAUUCGAACUUGAACUCUAUUAUGGCAGCUUUAGGUUUCAAACACUAUAUAUUGCCAAAUCAAUAUGAGGCCACACCGCCCGGCGGUAAAAUAGUUUUUCAGAAAUGGUCUGAUGAAGAUAACAGUCGGGAGUUAUUAAAGAUCGACUAUGUAUAUCAAACGACCGAUCAAAUACGUAAUGCUUCUAAACUUUCGAUCAGUAAUCCACCACAGUGGGUGCAGUUGGAAUUGAGAAAUUGUACCGUCGACAAAAAUGGAUUUUGCCCUUGGAAGAAAUUUCUAAAUAUAUUAAAU